AUGGAAGUCGAAAAAGGAUCGAAGCUUUUUUCAUCUUUCCAGAACUGUGUAGUGGUUGAACCCUGUGGUAAAGGAUCGAGAGUGCUUGGAUGGGGUUCGAAUACCAAAUGCCAAAUCAAAGAGCCUAAGUGUAGGAUAGUGGAUCGUCCAUAUGUGAUAUAUGCAAACGAAGAAGUCCUGAUCGAUUAUGUAGCCAUGGGAAAAGAUUUCAUGCUCAUAAUAGACAUUCAUGGUUACAUUGUACAUGCUAUAGGAUCUUUACCACGAGAGUUCCGCUUACAAGAAUGGCAAGGUAAAUCAGUUCAGGUCUCAUGUAUGUGGUCAUCCCUACACAUUCACUACAACAGGUCGAUUCACUCUUACGGUAACGGUAACCAUGGUCAAUUAUACGCAGUACCGUACCCAUUGGAAAUAGAUUCAUUCACUACUGGUAGUGAGCACGGUAUCUUAAUUCAUAACAAAAACCAAGUGUUCUGUUGGGGAUGGGGAGAACACGGUAAUUGUGGUCGUACGAAUGGUCAAGGUUCUAUAAAUGAUUAUUCAAAUGUUGUGAGUCCAUUGAACAAAGUUUUCAAUGUAAAUUCGAACGCUACAUUAAGAAUUUACGGUGGAUACGCAUCAACUUGGAUAAUUUGCGAAUGUUAA